AUGGAACAAAGGAACAAUGUAACUGAGUUUGUCCUCUUGGGGCUCACUCAGAGCCCCCAGGGUCAGAAGAUAUUAUUUGUCAUCUUCUUGCUCAUCUACAUCGUGACCAUGGUGGGCAAUUUCCUCAUUGUCCUGACUGUGGUGUCCAGCCCAACGCUUGACAUCCCUAUGUACUUCUUUCUUGGCAACUUAUCAUUUAUGGAUGCUGUUUAUUCUACUACAGUCACCCCAAAUAUGAUUAUAGACUUAUUCUGCGCGAAAAAAAUCAUUUCAUUCCAAGCAUGCAUGAUCCAACUUUUUACAGAGCACUUAUUUGGUGGUGCUGAGAUUUUACUACUGGUGGUCAUGGCCUAUGAUCGCUACGUGGCCAUCUGCAAACCUUUGCAUUAUAUGACAUUAAUGAAUCAACGGGUAUGUGUUCUGUUACUGCUGUUAGCCUGGACUGGUGGGUUUUUACAUGCUAUCGUUCAUAUUCUCUUUGUUUACAAUCUCCCCUUCUGUGGUCCCAAUGUCAUUGACCACUUCGGAUGUGACAUGUACCCCUUGUUAAAACUGGCCUGCACUGACAUCCGUGUUAUUGGCUUCACGGUGCUGGCUAAUGAUGGGGCCAUCUGCGUGGUCCUCUUCACACUCUUACUCAUCUCCUAUGGGGUCAUCCUGCGCUCCCUGAAGGAUCUCAGUCAGGAAGGGAGGCGCAAAGCCUUGUCCACCUGUGGCUCUCACAUCACUGUGGUGGUCCUCUUCUUCGUGCCCUGUAUUUUUCUGUAUGUGAGACCUCCUUCCACUUUACCCGUUGACAAAUCCUUGGCAGUGUUUUAUACCAUCGUCACCCCUAUGUUGAACCCUCUGAUCUAUACGCUGAGAAAUGGAGAGAUGCAAAAUGCCAUGAAAAAGCUCUGGAACAGAAGACGAAAAUGA